AUGUUCUCAGUCGUUCAGUCAUCCGCCAGACACCGCAUCUCAGUGCUCAAUAUUCAUCUUACAAAAAUGGCCACCCGAUACCGUGCCUUUGCGUUUAUUCUCUCAUUGGCCCAACGGCUCGCAACAGGCGUUGCUGCUGUGGCGAGUCGGGAGCUGGCGUUCCGGUCGACUCUUGCCAUCACGGGCUCCAGGACCGUGCCCUUCUCGAGAAUGCCACAAGUGCCUACUUUGGCCUGUACAAUUCAAUUAACUUGGGCCGACCCCACACGUCAGCCCAGACCAAACACGGCUACUUUUUCCGCUUCUCCAUGUCGACUUGUCAGAGCUCUGUGUCCAAAGGGCCCGAUCUCAGUAGCCUCGGAACACGGUACGACCAUGCUCGUCCAGGCUGACAGCACGGCUCGAGAUCGGCAGACCCAGGACCUAUUGUUUCAAAGGAAAACAUGA